UUAUCGUGAUCGAGUCGAGAAAGGUCCCCAAUUUUCCAUGGUUCUUUGAGAAUCACGCCUUUUUGUGUGGAUAAAAGUUUCUUCCUCGAGCUAUUUUCCUUUUUGAGUUCAUAUGACUCUGCUGUAACCAACAAAACAUAUAGAAAUAAUUUUCUUUCAAUAAAAAGAACCAUCGCUUCGUUCGUCACUAAAAUUUUUCUUUCGAAUCCCGAGAUAUGUGGUGCAAGAAUUUCUCAAAAACUUCUCAGUGGUUCGCAAGAAAUACUUUGAGACAUUAUCGUAUUACAAACAACUGUUCGUCGUGGGAAAUUAGAAAAACUGGGAUCAAUAGAUCGUAUACUACCGAAAGAUCACCAAGGAUACUUAUUACUGGUGGUCUCGGGCAACUGGGUACUGAGUGUGCGAAACUACUUCGUAAAAAUUAUGGUAGCGAAAACGUGAUAUUAUCUGACAUAAUCAAACCGACAGAAGAAAAUUUAUCCAACGGACCGUUCAUUUUUGCUGAUAUUCUCGAUUUUAAAGGGCUUCAAAAAAUUGUGGUCAAUUACAGAAUCGACUGGCUAAUUCAUUUUAGCGCUCUUCUUAGCGCUGUAGGCGAGCAGAAUGUUCCUCUAGCAGUGAGAGUCAAUAUAGAAGGAAUGCACAAUGUGAUUGAACUGGCAAAGCAGUAUAAAUUAAGAAUAUUCAUUCCAUCAACAAUCGGAGCCUUUGGACCAGAUUCACCACGGAAUCCUACUCCAAAUGUAACUAUUCAGCGUCCACGAACAAUUUAUGGUGUUAGCAAAGUCCAUGCUGAGUUAUUAGGUGAAUAUUAUCAUCACAGAUUCGGGCUUGACUUCCGCUGUCUUCGAUUUCCGGGAGUCAUUAGCAGUGACCCACCAGGUGGUGGUACCACAGACUACGCAGUUGCAGUUUUCCAUGAAGGAUUAUUUGCUAAAAAAUACGAAUGCUAUUUAGAACCUUAUACCAGAUUACCAAUGAUUUAUAUUGAGGAUUGCUUAUCAGCACUUUUUCAGUUUUUAAACGCUCCAAACGAACAAUUACAAAGAAGAGUAUACAAUGUUACUGCCAUGAGUUUCACACCUGAAGAAUUAUUUAAUGAACUUAAAAAGCAUGUACCUGAUUUAAAGAUUUCGUAUAAGCCGGAUGCAAGACAAUAUAUUGCUGAGAGCUGGCCUCAAGUUUUUGAUGAUAGUGAGGCGCGUCGGGACUGGGGUUGGCGACAUAAAUACAACCUGGAAAAACUCGUAGAAUCAAUGAUUCGCGAUGUGAAAAAAAAUAUGUUAAAUAAAAGAUCAUUAAAGGAGGUCAACAGCUAUGUAUAAUAUAAAAUCAUUUAGGAAAUAAUUGAUAUAAAUUAGCCAAUGUAUAAAAAUAUUAUUUAUUUUACAACAAAAACACGAUACAAAGUUUAGCAAAUAUAUUUUUAUACUUCACA